AUGACUAAUAAGACUGAUCAAAUUGAGAUUUCAACCCUUGGUAAAUUAGCUGCUCAUGUCCCUGAUAUCAUUGUGUAUGGAGAUUUUGCUCAGGAACUGCCUUUUAUUGAAAGCUUUGAUGGUGUUUUGCUCUUUAUGGACAUUUCAGGUUUCACAGCUCUGACAGAAAAAUUUAGCAUGAACACGAGCUUGGAUCGUGGUGCUGAUGAAUUAACACAGACCCUUAAUCACUAUAUGGGUGACAUUGUUGAAGAAGUGCUGGUGUUUGGAGGUGAUGUCUUGAAAUUUGCAGGUGAUGCACUGUUGGCAAUCUGGAAGGUAGAGCGUUGCCAUUUAAAUGAGAUUAUUACUCUGGCACUGAAAUGUAGUUUCAGCAUCCAGCAAGAAUAUGGUGUUCGUGAUACUGAAGUGGGACUUGAGCUACGAGUGAAGAUAGGAGUCUCUGCAGGUCACAUCACUAAAGUUGUCAUUGGUGAUAACAGACGACAACAUUUUGUGGUAACUGGUCGAGCAGUGGAAGAAGUACGGUUGGCCCAAAACUUAGCCAAAGCAAGUGAAAUUAUCCUGUCCCCCAACUGCUGGGAGCUCUGUGAUCGGAACUUAAUUGAGGUAGAAAAAAUUAAAAAUGAACGAGCUGUCAAGGUUAAAUACAUUCGAAAUGUUCCUGACUUUGAUACUAAUGAAUUCUUCGACAGAUGUGCAGAGUACCUGAAUCAGAAUCACAUUUGUGACAGUUUUGAGGUUUUGAGAAUAGCCUCUGUGUUGGGUCCAGAUGAAGAACUUGAAAAGCGUUUGCGAAAAUAUGUGAUGAAGAAUGUCCUGAAGAAGAUAGAUGAUAACCAGCCGGUGGAGUAUUUGUCAGAGCUACGUCCUGUUACUGUCGUUUUUGUGAAUAUGCAGUUUGAAGAAAAUGCCAAUACGAACCAUGUGUGUAAGGCUAUCCAAGAUGCCAAUGAUAUGAUUGCUGGAACAAUAUUGCCCGUUAGUGGUAACAUUAAUAAAGUCUUCAUGUUUGACAAAGGCUGCACUUUUCUUUGCCUCUUUGGUCUUCCUGGUGAUAAACAAGCAGAUGAAAGCACGAAUGCUCUUGACAGUGCCCAUAAAAUUCAUGCUUUCUGUUCCAAAGAACUUAUGAAAGUAAAGAUUGUUUCUAUUGGGGUCACUGCUGGGCCAGUUUUCUGUGGAGUGGUUGGUCAUCGGGUGAGGCAUGAAUAUACAGUGAUUGGACGAAAAGUUAACCUUGCUGCACGGAUGAUGAUGUUUUAUCCAGGAUUAGUAAGCUGUGAUGCCCUCACUUAUUCCAAAUCUAAACUGCCCCACUACUUCUUUGAAGAGCUCCCAUUAAUUGAGAUGAAAGGUGUUGUGAACCCUGGAACAGUCUAUCAAUUUCUUGGUAUUACAGAAAAAGCAAUGAUUUACAAAGCAUAUUUAACCAAGGAGAGAUCUGAAAUGUAUCCUUUACUAGGUCGCAAGAAGGAGACUGACAUCUUUGAAAACUUACUAGAAAAAUUUAAAGAAACUAAAUUAAGCCAUGUUAUAAUAUAUGAAGGUCUCAUGGGAUAUGGAAAAAGCCAACUAAUAACUGAAAUUGUCUAUUUAGGACAGGCUCCUGGGCAAAAGGUUGUGGCAAUGGAGCUGACAAAGAUAAAUGCAUGGCAAAACUUCUUUGCUGUCCGGACACUGAUGGCAAUGUUCCUGGGGGUGGAUGUCUGUAAAACCUAUGAUGCAAGGCAGUAUGUCAUUCUGAGCAAGUUGCGUGGAAUUUUAGAAGAACAAUAUCUUUGCCUUUUGAACAACCUUUUUCAUGUUAAGUUUCCUACAUCAGAAGUGGUUUCUAAAAUGGACAAUGACAGAAUGAAUAAGGAGAUUGAAACAAUACUUUUAAACGUUCUGAUUAAUGCAGCAGAAAAGGAAGUCAUCAUUUUUGCAAUUGAUGAAGCUCAAUAUAUUGAUAAAGCCUCUUGGGAUUUCCUGGAUAACUUACUUAAAAGUGUUCCGAUCUUUAUUGUUAUGGCUUUGUCUCCUCUCAAUCACAAGGGACGAAUACUUUGUUCUAGUGCAGCCCAAAUCCUGAAUAGUCCAAACACAACUUUUAUUCGGCUAAGGGAAUUAAGUCCUUCAGUAAUUAUUCAGAAAGCCUGUCAAGACCUUGGAGUGGUCAGUAUCGCCAGGGAGCUUGAAACAUUUUUAAUACAAAGGAGUCAUGGAAACCCAUUUUACUGUGAAGAACUUCUCCGAAACCUCCACUUAAACAAUGUGCUUCAAUUCCAUUUGCUGGAGGAAGAUGAAGAGAAAGAGGAUGAAUGGGAUAGCCUUUUUACCACUACUGUUCUCAAGACUCAAACAUCCAAAAUGUUAAAUGAAGAGACUGAAUUAUAUAUUUGCACAGUCGGGCAAAAUGUGAAGCUUACCACCAUCAGUCUCCCACCAACAUUAAAAGGAAUUGCUCUGGCUGCACUGGACAACAUGAAUCCUUCAGAGCAGAUGGUGGUGAAAUGUGCAGCUGUCAUUGGUGUGACAUUCGCUACAGAGAUGCUGCUUUAUAUCCUCCCAGAAUGGACAAAAAGGAAGAUGUACCAGACUCUGGCAGCACUGGUGGAAUCCCGUAUCUUUAAGAGUGGUAGUAAAAGAAAAGAAGUGAAUGCAACGCGGCGUAUAUUAUCUAAAGAGUCCAGCAUCAGGAAUAGUGAAUUGAAAUCACAAAGGGAAGAAUCAAAUCUUGGAUCAGUUAUUUCCAAUAGGCUCGAGCUAGAAGAGACUGUGAUGCAUUGUAAAAUCAUGGAGUUUUGCACACCACUGUUGCAAGAAGCAGCUUAUGAGCUGUGGCUUAAGAAUCAGAAAAAAGCCUUGCAUUUCAAAUGUGCCAAUUACCUGAAGUGGCUAGCUCACCGAUGCAAGUGUUGUGGGGAAGGUGAUUUCAUUCCUUAUCAUCGGUAUGCAGUAGAUGGCAUGCUUCAAAAAUUCUAUUCACAGGAUUAUAAAAUUAAGACUAUCAAAGAGGAAGUGUUGAAUGAGGCUGCUUUGAUCCUUGUUUCUGAAACCCUAAAAAAAUUGGAGGCAUCCCACCAGGAAGGAGAAACCCUGCGGACAACCUUCAUCUUGCAAGAGUCCUUUAGGGCUGAAAAAUCAGAAUUGGAAUUUUUAAAAAGAAUGGAUGAAAUAAUCUUGCUUACUGGCAUGAGCAAAAAAAGGACAGAGACCCCCGGCUCACAGGACUGUGAAUGCAAAGAAAUUGUGGAAUCUGUUGUUGUGCCUUUAUCUCAGCACUAUUUGGCUCUAGGGGAUUAUAGUCGAGCUUUUUAUUACCUGUUGGAAUCUGCAGCUGCUUAUGUCAACCUCUCCCACAACUAUAUGGCCUUUACAUAUCUGAAUACAGCAGAGAACCUCUUGAGAUCUUCGGACUACAAGCAUAAACUCAUUAGCCAAUUUGAGGUGUCUGUUUUGUACAGCCUGAAGGGAGAGGUCUCUUACAAUAUGGGUCAAAUUACUUCUGCAAAAAAACUAAUAAAGAAGGCUUUGAGUUUACUGAAGAAAAGCUUCCCAAUAACUGUUGUAGGAGCCUUUUGCAUGUUUAUGGUGGAAACCUCCAAACAUUUGUCUCAUCAGAACAAACAAACUUUAUGGCAAAUAUCCAGUGGCAGGGAGAAGAGACUAGCAGCUCUGUUCCAGCAAAGUCACUGCCUUUCCCUGCUGUGGCAGCUCUUCAAUCUGGAUGUAGCCGGAAGUAGGAAAACGUUCACCCGUUUGGCAGCCCUCAUGCAGGUGAACUGUGCAGAGGAGUCUCAAGAUGAAUCUCAGAUAAUCUCAUCCUAUAUGGAUUUCUCCCUCUGCUAUCAAAUGAUGGGCUGCCAACAUGAAUGGAUGAAGUAUGAGUUAAUGGCCAUCAAACGUAGUUCUCAUCUUCAAGUUGUUGGAGGAGGGUUACUGACAAUUGCUAAACUAGCAUCAUCAUUGUCUUACAUGAAGCUUUGUUUGGGGAACAUACCUUUAGCCAUCCAACUGGGUUAUCGUGCACACGAGUUAUAUGAGCAGCUGAAGAGACCUAACCUUGAUGCUACUGUGCUCCAUGACAUUUUCAAAGCUCUUUAUCUUAGCACCAGAUAUCAAGAUUCUGUUCAAGUGUUGAUUCUCCUAGAAGAUCUCACCUUUCGAGAUGACAAUAUUAUUGGACAGUCCCUCUUCAUUUCGGCCUGUCUGAACAUUAUACUUUAUGCUGGAUUUUGUUUUAAAUCAUUUAAGUUCUGCCUGGAUUUUAUUCUCGCUAAUGAAACAAACUGCAUCCUUAUGUCUCAGAACAACAUCAUGUUGAGCUUGUAUUCUUCCCUGGCAAUUUGGUUUGCCAGACUUCAGCAAUGGGAUAAAUUCAUAACACCAUUUGAAAAAGCAAGGCGGUUGGUGAGGAGAACGUGUGCUUCACUCUGUUCUAACCAUGGAUUCUGUAAGUUGAUAGAGUGUGAGACUCUGCUGUUAAGAAAAUAUAUAGAAGAGAGGCCUGACAAAGUCCGCGAGAUGCAUAACAGGAUAACAAAGAAUUUGGAUCAGAUAAUGAACCAGUGUUCUAUAAGCCCAGUGUACUAUUCCAGGGUUUACCACCUGAAGGCCUAUGUCCAGCUGAUGGUUGGAAAUGAUGAACUCAGCCAAAAAUUUCUUGAGAAGGGAUUCUACAGUAGUGAUAUCUAUGGGAAUCGUUUGGAGAGAUCCUGGCUAGAGCUUAGCAAGGAGUGGUGGUUUACUGGAAAAAAACUCAUGGAAGAUUUUUGGUUAAAGGCAGUUCCAGAUUUCCCUGUAUGGGAUGUAAACAUGACAGCCCAAGAUAUGGGAGAUAUCCAUAAAAACAUGUACCUGCUGAAAGUACCAGAACUGGAUAUAAGCAAUCCAUUUCCAGAAAGUAGCAUAGAGGAAUAAUAGUGAACUGAUUGCAAGAAAUCUCAUCUGAAAGAAAUUUUGGUUUAUUUGUUCUCUUGUACAAACUCCACCAUUUCCU